UAAUCAGUUCUUAUGGUACGUAACUCUUCACGCUACCAGGAAAACGUCCUUGGCCGAAUCCUGGAAGAUUCUGCAACAACUUGAACACUUUUUUAAAAAAGUGACAAAAACGAGAACAGACAGUGACUUACUCAAAGAUUUCCACUUCAGACAAACAAACUGAAGGUAUAUAAAGUCUGUGUUUCCAUCUCUGAGACAUCCUGUGAGCAGAAACUGCUGCUGGAACAGACUCUUCAACUAAUCAUCAAAACAAGAUGGCUGCAGGUCUUGUCUUCACUCUGCUUCUUGGUCUGAGCUUUGGACUCUGGGAUGGAGCUGAUGCCGGAUGUCGACUGAGAGAUCCGACAACAAGUGCAUGUCCUGGAAAUUGGACUUGGUACGAUGGUCGCUGUUUCAAGUUUUUUGAAACUCGCAAGAACUGGUAUACCGCAGAGUUCCACUGCCUCUCAUUCAGAGCAAAUUUGGCCUCAAUCCACAGUGGAAAUCAGUACAACUUCAUCAGAAACCUUGUCCACAAAGCAACUGGAAAAGACACAGAAAGCUGGGUUGGAGCUCAUGAUACAACAUUGGAAGGCUCCUUUUUUUGGAGUGACGGUUCCAGGUUUGUGUUUAAUUCCUGGGGCGCGAAUGAGCCAAACCAUGCUGUUAGAAACGAAGACUGCAUGGAGAUCAACUUUCUUGAACGAGAUUAUGUGAAUGAUGAACGCUGUGACAAGGAGCUUCCCUACAUCUGUGCCACUGUGCCAUAACUUUUCUCUUCUUAUACCUUUUAAUCUGAAAUGCCCAUUUGGCUUUCCUGCUGCUGAUAUCACUUCCACCUGGAUGCCAAGCCUCGAUGACAUCACUGCUGGAAGAACCUGAUUUUAUUUUAUUGGAUCAGUUAAAUAAAUAUUUUCUUUCUCUGAAA